AUGCCGACAUCAGUAUACGGUUAAACGCCUUUAAUGACACACACGUGUUGAUUUUUAUUUUUUGUAACGGAAAUAAAUUGUAAUUUGCUUACGAGUUUUUAGAUUUUCAAUUUAGUGUCUAAGUACAAUAUUUACAUGUGAUUCGUAAUGGAUUAUCGAUAAUAACUGCAGGCUCUGUUCUGCUCGAAUGUUUUAGAAUCUCGAAAUUGGAUUUUCCGUCCACUUCUCAAUCGUUUUUAAUAUUUUCUCAAUAUGCUAAAUGAAGCAUCAAACGCGAAGUACUCACCGGUGACCACGCGUGAUGAACAGCGUAGUAUUGCUACUGCUGCGGCCAAAAAAAAAGAUAUCCUUGAUGAUGAUGGAUACGCAAACAAAGUGAAGCUGUUCCUGACCUCAGCAUCAUCGGCUAAGAGUUCUAAAAUCACUUCACCCAAGAAAUAUAAAUAUGCGUGUACAACGUUAUUAAUACUAGGAUUUAUAUUAAGUUUACUCCUCACAAUAUUCAUAUGGUUCACAGAUUUAUACACUAGUGAACUAUAUAAGAGACUCACAAUUGAAAAUGGUAGUUUACUAUAUGAUGCAUGGAGAGAACCUCCAGUUAGGCCGUUAAUGUGUGUUUAUAUUUUCAACUACACAAAUUUCGCUGAAUUCGUAGCUAACGAUGGUAGUAAUAAUAUAAAACUCAAAGUUCAAGAAGUUGGACCUUAUUGUUACAGGGAAACUUCAUACAGGGUAAACAUAACUGAUCAUAAAAAUGGUUCUCAGACAUUCAAUGAAAUGAAAAUUCAAGAAUUCGACUAUAAUUCGUCCAAUGGUUCAGAUUCAGAUAUUAUUGUUGUACCAGACAUUCCAUACAUUAUUGCUAUUGCUCUGACCAAAGACGAAAAUUUUUUUAUAAGGAAAUCGGUAUCAUCAUACUUGGAUAAUGCGUCUGAAUACCCAUUUGUCGUUGUCAGUGUUUAUGAUUUUUGUUUCGGUUACCAAAAUGAUAUGACUAAUGCAAUAAACACAUUAGCUAAAAUAGGCAAUAAGACACCUCCGUUCGAAAAAUUUGGACUAUUUGUGAAGCGAGUAGGAGUUAACCAAGACCGUUUGACUGUGUUUAACGGUCACGAUAAUUUAAAUCAAAUGGGUCAAUUGAUGCAAUUAAAUGGAAAAUCAUUACUACACCCGUGGAAAACUGAUGAAUGCAACACAGUUGGCGGAAGUGAUGGCAUGUUCUUUCCUAGAUAUGAAGUUCAAAAUGGUCAAAACGUGAAUUUAUUUCAUAAAGAAUCCUGUAGGAAAUUGCCAAUGACUUUCCGCUCUAGGAAAAAAAUUAAAAAUGGAAUAAUUGGGCAUCUUUAUACCUUGGCGCAUGAUGCAUUCAAUAAUUCUAUUCCCGAAAACAGUUGUUACAACGUUGGUGCAUCACCCAUGCCUGAUGGUGUAUUUGAUAUGGGUGCAUGUUCUUCUAAUUCACCGUUGUUGGUGUCACGUGCUCAUUUUCUGUAUUCUAAUCCGUCCUUACUAAAUGCUAUUGAAGGCCUCAACCCAGAUCCGAAAAAACAUGAAUUUCUCUGGAUCAUCGAUCCUUUAAUUGGAAUAACAAUAGAGACUGAAAUGAGAAUACAGCUCAAUGUUCAAGUACGCAAUCCAAACAAUUAUGGUACACUGUCAAAAAUUCCAGAUAACACUAUAUUGCCAUUUACUUGGUUCGAAAUAAAAACUGGCGAAAUAUCACCGAAGUUAGACAUGUUGUUAUUCAAUUUAACCUACACUGUUCCCUGGUUGCAGAUGUUCCUGAUGUGUCUUAGUCUAGUUGGACUAUUAGUCACUUCUUUUUUUCUUAUGCGCAUGUUAACUAAACGCUCAAAUAUUGUGAUAAUUUCUAAUGAAAUCCAACCAAAAGAUAAGCCAAUUGAGAAAAUUCCUAUUGUUUAAUUCAAUACAAAUGUUUUAUUGUUGA